ACUCAAAUCCAAGUGACACGUGCUGCAGCUGAACCAAAACCCCAACCCGUGCUGGUAUCAGUCACCCCUAUAUAUAAGAACAAAUACACAAAAAAAAUCAGUUCCCUUAGUAGGGGAUGACGAUGAACCAGGACCAUCACAAGAACAGGAGGAGGAGGCAGAGCCAGAGGUAAUCACCCGAUCCCUGUCCCUGAGUGAGCUGCGAGACGUGAAAAACGAGAUCAGCCGCCGUCCAGGCGAGCACAUUGUCAUCUGGCUGCUCCGAUGCUGGGAUAACGGGGCCAGUAGCCUGGAAUUAGAGGGCAGGGAAGCCAAGCAGCUGGGAUCCCUGUCCAGGGAAGGGGACAUUGACAAGGGCGAUUGGGAAAAAAGACACAAGCCCUCAGCCUCUGGAGGCGACUUCUGUCAGGCGUAAGGGAAAGGUAUCCCUUCAGCGAAGAUGUUGGAUGUCAUCCAGGCAAGCGGACCACCACAGAGAGAGGUAUCCAGUACUCGAGGGAAUUAGCCAUGCGGGAGAUGGUUUAUUAUGACCCGGACAACAUGCAGUUACCCACAGGUCCAGAUGAGGUCCAAUGUACCCGACCCAUGGGUGGAAGUUUGUAUGGAGUGCACCACUGUUGCAACUCAAAGAGGAUAUGUGCUGUUCCCUUGUACGGACCAGUAUCUCAGCUAUUAGGAGUAAGUGUUCCUCUGCUCAAGAGAGAGGAUACAGUGGGUACACACCACAAGCCACCUUGUGGUUUACCUGCAUGACCAUGGAGAGGACAUGAGGAAGUGGGAUGGAGAACCUACCGUGACCAUAUGGGUACGUGAGUUGCAAGGCAAAACAAUUUUAAAUGGGGUUCUUCCCGGAAAAUUGCUGAUCCAGUCUCCAGCGGGCAGUUCCCUAGACAGAGUGGAAGGUCUGAUCAUACUUAUAAUCCUCUUGAAGGGACUGCUAAGUCAUUUUUGCAAGAAGUGAGUAAUGAACACAAUGACCAAGAUUAGAGACAACCAGGUCUACUGGACUGUGUGGAUUCGAUGGCCUGGCACGUCAGAUCCACAGGAGUAUAAGGCUCUAGUGGACACCGCUGCACAGUGUACCCUAACGCCAUCCAGCCAUGAAGGGGCAGAACCCACCUGUAUUUCUGGAGCGACAGGGGGAUCCCAACAGCUGACUGUACUGCUGGAGGCCAAAGUGAGUCUAACCGGGAAUGAGUGGCAAAAGCCCCGCAUUGUGACUGGCCCAGAGGCUCCAUGCAUCCCGGGCACAGACUGCCUCCAGAGAGGGUAUUUCAGGGACCCAAAAGGGUACCGGUGGGCUCUUGGCAUAGCUGCCUUGGAGACAGAGGAAACUGAACAGCUGUCUACCUUGCCCAGUCUCUCAGAGGACCCUUCUGCAGAAGUUGUUUCUGAGAAAGGGAAGACAAUAGUCCAAAUCCUUCUGAAAGCAGGUUUUGCCAUAAAUCUAAGUAAGGUCAAGGGACCUGCACAGGAGAUUCAGUUUUUAGGAAAAAAAAGGCAAGAUUGGUGUCGACAGAUCCCAGUGGAUGUGAUCAAUAAAAUAGCAGCCAUGUCUCCGCCGACUCGCAAAAAGGAAACACAAGCUUUCUUGGGUGUUGUUGGAUUCUGGAGGAUGCGUGUCUCCAAUUACAGUCUGAUUGUAAGCCCUCUCUAUCAGGUGACCUGGAAGCAGAACGAUUUCAAACAGGGCCCUGAGCAACGACAAGCCUUUGAACAAAUUAAACAGGAAAUAGUCCAUGCAGUGGCCCUUGGGCCAGUCCGGGCAGGAGCAGAUGUAAAGAACGUGCUCUACACUGUAGCCGGGGAGAAUGGCCCUAGCUGGAGUCCCUGGUAGAAAGUACCAGGGAAGACUUGAGGUCGAGAAUACUGAGGAUCCAAGGCCGCUACGCUCCAACUGAAAAAGAGAUAUUGGCAGCAUGUGAAGGGGUUCGAGCUGCUUUGGAAGUGAUUGGUGCUGAAGCACAGCUCCUCCUGGCACCCCAACUGCCGGUGCUGGGCUGAAGGUUCAAAGGGGGAGGGUCCCCUCUACACACCACGCAAUGGAUGCUACGUGGAGUAAGCGUGUCGCGCUGAUCACGCAGCGGGCUCCAGUAGGAAACCCCGGUCACCCGGGAAUCUUGGAAGUGAUCACGGACUGGCCAGAAGGCAAAGAUUUCGGAAUGAUGCCAGAGGAGGAGGUGACACCUGCUGAAGAGGCCCCACCAUGUAAGAAACUGCCAGACAAUGAGAAGCCAUAUGCCCCGUUCACUGACGGGUCCUGUCGCAUCGUGGGAAAGCAUCAGAGGUGGAAGGCUGCCCUAUGGAGUCCUGCAUGACGAGUCGCAGAAGCUGCUGAAGGAGAAGGUGAAUCGAGCCAGUCUGCAGAGGUGAAAGCCAUCCAGCUUUAGACAUUGCUGAAGGAGAAAAGUGGCCGAUGCUCUGUCUCUGGACUGACAGAGAUGGACGGUGGCCAAUGUCCUGUGGGGUGGUUACAGCAAUGGCAGCAGAGCAACUGGCAGCGCAGAGGCAAACCCAUCUGGGCUGCCCCACUGUGGCAAGAUACUGCUGCCCGGCUAGAGAAGCUGGUUGUAAAAGGACGUCACGUAGGUGCCCACGUACCC